GCGCUCUCGCGAGAGGGGCGGGCCGGGGCUCACCGGCCGCCGCCGCCGCCGCUCCCGUCCCGUCCCUGGCCCAUUCCCGGCCCGUCCCCGGCCCCGCCGGUGCCGUCGCUGCCAUGGCGGGCGCGGCCGCGGGCUGGGCGCCCACCCACGUGCGGGUGACGGUGCUGCGGGCGCGGGGGCUGCGCGCCAAGGCGGCGGCGGGCGGCAGCGACGCGUACGCGGUGAUGGCGCUGGGCCGCGACAAGUUCCGCACGUCGGUGGCCGAGCGGUGCCGGGGGGAGCCGCUGUGGCGGGAGGAGGCCACGUUCGAGCUGCCGGCGCGGCCCGCGGCGCUGCGCCUCACCGUGCUGCACCGCGCCCUGGCCGGCGCUGACAAGUUCCUGGGCCGCGCCGAGGUGGAGCUGGCGGCGCUGGGGGACGGCAGCGGCCGGCGCCACACCAGGUGGUACAAGCUUCACUCCAAACCAGGGAAGAAGGAAAAAGAGAGAGGGGAGAUCGAGGUGGAUAUCCAGUUCAUGAGGAGCAACAUGACAGCCAGCAUGUUUGACCUGUCCAUGAAGGACAAGCCCCGCUCCCCCUUUGGGAAGCUCAAAGACAAGCUCAAGGGCAAGAGGAGCAGUGGCCUCUCGGACACGGCGUCGGCGAUCGUCCCCAGCACGUCCCACUCCCCUGCUGACAGCGAGGAUGAGGCAGUCGAGAAGGAGAAGAAGAAAUCCAAGUUCAAAGCGCUGUUCUCCAAGCCUGGCCUGCAGAAGACAUCCCUGUCCCAGUCCCUGUCAGUGCUGCCCACUCAGCAGCCCCUCACCCAGAGGGUCCGGCUGCGGCCCAGCGACUUCCAGGCACAGUGGGAUGAGGAGGAGUCCGAGACCUCUCCUGCCUCAGAGCGAUCCUUUGUAAAUGAACUGGAAGAGAAGCCAGCUCCUUCUCCCCUGUUUAAGUCUCGUAAACCAGCCUUUUUGGACAGUAGGCAGCUAACCCAAGGCACCACUAACCACACCAAAAAAGAUGGGCUUUCUUUGUUCAGUGGCCUUAAAUCCAAAAGCGAUCCCGUGUCCAAGUCUAGUCUGUGCAUCAAUGGCAGUCACGUUUAUAUGGAGGAGACCACGACGAAGGACAAGACUCCAACCUCCUCCCCCUCUCCUCACAACCUCAGGAGGAAGCAGCUCUUCGCUUCAGAGGAGAACCUGUCCUCCAGGACCACUAAAUCACCUGAAGAGAUGGGAAGAGCCUCUCCUGGUCAGGCUUUGUCUGGGUCCACGUCCUUGGAGACCUUCAAAUCCAUGACUUUGCCAUCAUACAAACUGCUCAGCAGUGAGGAGAACCUGGACACCAGCGUUCCACCGAGCAUCGAGGCUGUUAGAGAGACCAAAAAACCAGACCACAAAAAGUCUGCCCUGCUCUCCCUGGUCACUGGGAAGAAGGAAAUGGUGAAGACCAGUGAUGAGAGUAUUCCUGACAGGACCCUGCAGAGUGAGGAAAAUACAAUUCCAGAAGAGAAGAGUGAAGAGGAGGCCAAAUGCCCAGAGGUCCCAGCAGAUUUGGGCAGGGGGAGCCCGUCAGGAGACGCUCACCACGUGGAGGAGGUGACAAACAAGCAGCUGCUCAGCCCCUGCGAGGAGGAACGGAAACCCGAGAAAGCUGCGCCAGCCAAGACCAAAGCUGUGAAACCCAGACUCCAUCCUGUGAAGCCAAUGAAUGCCAUGGCAAACAAGCCUCAGAACAAGAACCUGAAUGUCAUCAGCACCAUGAAUGAAAAGCUGCUGGAAAUGAGUGUGAAGAAAUACGAUCCCUCCGACCCUGCCUACGCCUACGCCCAGCUGACACACGAUGAGCUGAUCCAGCUGGUGCUGAAACAGAAGGACACCAUCUCCAGGAAGGACCUCCAGGUGCGGGAGCUCGAGGACUACAUCGACAACCUGCUUGUCAGGGUCAUGGAAGAAACCCCAAACAUCCUCCGUGUGUCCAUCUCUGGGAACAAAAAAGCUGGGAAGAUGUGAGGGGUCCCGGGGUGAGCAAGGACUGAGUUCCCCCCGAGGAGGGUGAGGAGCUGCUGUGGAGCAGGUGCUGCUGGUUGUGCUGCUCACAGAAAAUGACCUUUUUCCUGUUUCUGCCUUGAGCAACUCUCGGAUUGAUUAAUAGCUCCAUCAGGUGUUGUAAUGAAGUCACCUUAUCAUAUUUAUUUUUUUGUUUCCUUCCCAUUAUUUGGGAAGAUCAGGCAUUAAUCCAAAGGCUGGCUGUGACCAGAAGGAGGAGGGUUUUUGAUGUGUUUUGCCUCCCAGCAAGGCACUGAUGAUCCUUUAGGAAGAUUUUUUUAAAUGGGUUUGUUUAGUAGCAGCUUUGAUAGAUCAGUUACUUUUCUUUCCACCUCUGAAGUUGUAGUGCAAUAUAAAUCCUUGUACAGUAGAGCUUGAGGAUUUGAUUGUUUUUAAAAUAAUAAUUGACUACACUGGAGAAGUCCAAAGAUGUCCCAGCUUCAGACUGGGCUGUAAUUUAAAAGGAAUCAAUGCCCUGAAAGUUGACCAUAAGCUGACCAAAUCUCAGCAUUUCAUCAAGUGGACAUUCCCAGGAGUCCUUCAGGAGAAAGUUUGCAGGUUUUUUGGAGUAGGAGACAUUGAGGUUCACAGUAUUUUUCUACCAUAGGAAUGGCAUCAAUGAAUUUGGGCCAAAGGUACAUUUUAAAUCAGAAUUUCUUGUAGUGUGUUAAAAUUCUUGCUCUGGAGGUUGUUCGAAGGGGGCAGAGGCUCCCCUGGCUCUGCCCUGUGCUCUGGAGCAGGGCUGGGUCUCACAUCUGUGCCCUGUGGGAGUUCUGUGACCAUUUCCCUUUUAUGCUGCAUUCAGGAAACACAAAUAGUUUGGAUUUUGGAGCUUGCCCUUGCAAGGUGUUCAGUCCUGCAGUGCUUUUUUCUGUUGUUCCAGAGAGGGCGGGGAGCUCUGUAGCUGCCCCUGCUCAGGGUCCUUGCUGCUCACAGGGGAGCAGAGCCUUGUGCAGCUGAGGGCUGCUGGGUUUGUUGGACUCCAGAACCUUCCUGGUGCCUCGGUGGGUUCAGGGAGGUUCUCCCCACCCCGUCAGACAGCGGGGACAGCUCCACAGCUUCCCCUGCUGGAAACUGCAGGGGCUUCUCUUUGCUGAGCUCUUGUCAAAGAUCAAAAACCCCAGAAGCCUUUGUGCACCUCUGGGAUUUACCAGGGUAGGGAGAGCCCAUAAAAGGCUUAGAGGGAAGCUGGAAAACCAACAGAGCAGGAAGCAAAGGACCAAAGCUCCAUGAGGACCAAAGCUUCAAGCUUUCCAGCCUUAAUUCUGUGGAAAUAAACACUCCUACCUUUGGAAAUGGUUGGAUUAUUGGGUCACUCCUGGCUCAGGGGUGAGUUUCUAACUCAGUUUUUCUACAGCAAAGCACUUUAUUGAGGGACUGGAGCAGCUGGGUGGGCUCUCACCCUGUGAGCAGUCUGCUUACAAUUGUCAUAAACCACUGGAAACCACUGGAGAUCUCAAAUACUGUAUUUUUGUAGUGAGGAGCAGUUUAAAUAUUUGCAUGGAGAUGUAAACAUUUAUUAGAAAAAUCAAAAAAAAUGCUGUAAAUGACAUUUUUAUUCCUGUUUAUUCCUGCUACCAAAGUCUGGAGCUUUACUGGCAGAGCUGACCCUCGUGGGCAGCCUGACCUCAAACAAGCCUUAGGAGCUGAGAGUCUUGCAAGACUUCAGGUACUUUUAUCUCAUUUUAGUGUUACUUGAGCAGUGGGGGCAUUCUCUCUUUCCUCCUGUCCCCUCUGCUCUGAGUGGAGAGUCCCAAACGCAGGUGGCCUUGGUGGUGGUUUAAUUCUGGGUGCUGCUGCUUGGCCUUGCUGGAGCUGCUGCUGCCUCUUGUGCCUUCUCGAGGGAGGAAGAUGAAGGAUUGAUUUGUUUCCUCCUCGUGCCUCUCUGGAUCUCUGGACAGAGGAUCCUGUACCUCACUGAUAAACUUGUAUUUUAGACUUUUUUCUGCUGGGAAGAGUGACCUGCGCAGAAGCAAAGCAAUAAAUAAUACGAGCUCUUAGCAGAGAUGAAGCCUUAAAACUCUGAAUAGCCUCCCCUGGCAACCUUUUCUUGCCAGUUCCAACCCUGGUAACUCGUUUUAUUGGCAGUACUCAUUAAAGCCUUCCUUUGGUGUGAGGGGACUGGCAUUUUACAUCCUCAAGGGCCUUAAGAAUCAAAUACAUUGUUUUAUUACUGAAGGAUCUGAUUGCACAUUCCCUGUUUGUACUCUCUGCUUUUAGCCCAGGUACUGUUUAUUUUUAAACACCUCUUGGUUUUAUGGAACACUAAAAUAAAACCACCUUAAAGCCAG